CCUUGAUUGUUACAAAGAGAUCGAUCAAAUCUGCUAAUAAAAUUGAGAUGGCAAGCGUAGAAGCUGCAGCAGCUAAAAUGGUGGGAGAUAAGUACAGGUCUUUCUUAUAUGAUGAGGGAGAGAAGAGUACUGAGUGGAGGCAUGGCGGCCCUCCUUCAUAUGAUGAUAUCAACAAGCUAUUUGAAGAAGGCAGGACUAAGGAAUGGCCAAAAGGGUCACUGGAAGAAACAGUACAGAAUGCUAUCAAGUCAUGGGAGAUGGAGCUCUCACACAAGACCCGCUUGAAGGACUUCAAGACCAUAAACCCUGACAAGUUCAAGCUCUUCGUUAAUGGAAGAGAGGGGUUGCUCGGGGAAGAAACUCUUAGGAUUGGGAGCUACAAUGCCUUGCUGAAGAGCUCUCUGCCAAAGGAGUUCCAGUACUACAAAGCAGAAGAAGAGACCUUUGAAUCGUCUCACGAAGCUUUCCGAUCGGCUUUCCCUCGUGGGUUUGCAUGGGAAGUGCUUGGCGUUUAUACUGGACCUCCUGAAAUUGUUUUCAAGUUCAGGCACUGGGGUUUCUUUGAGGGACCCUUUAAUGGACAUGCUCCCACUGGAGAGAUGGCUCAAUUUUUUGGAUUGGCCACUCUCAAGGUUGAUGAGUCUCUGAGGGCAGAAGAGGUGGAGGUCUACUACGAUCCAGCGGAGCUAUUUGGAGGCCUUCUAAAGGGACCACCAAUCUCAGGCGCUACUCAUGGCUGCCCACUCUCCAAACAAUAAUUAGUUUAAAAGGAUAUUGUUCCUUUUACCCAAGUAAUUACUCCAUAAUCUCCCUAAUUCUCUUCUUUUUCAGGGUUUUGUACUCGGACAAGCUUAUCUUUUAUGCUUUCCAUAUGUAUGUAUUUAUGAAUGAUUGAAUGUAGUGAUAAUAUCAUUAUGCUUC